GUGGGGAGACUGAGACAUCUACAAUAAACACAAACUCACACGGGUUACACCAUACACCACCACCACCACCACCAUCACCAUCAUCUCUGUGGGGUCGGCAACAAAACAAACUCCUUUAUCCUUCAUAAAUAAUUUAUCAUUCCUCCUUAAAACCCUCAUAUGUUGUUGUCUCUUCUGUAAUAAUAAUGGCCUCAUUUCUUAUAACUAUUAUUAUUGCAACCGCCGCGGCAAAUUGUCUGCUACUACUUUUUCCCGCCGAUGGAAGCUCCGCCGUCGGGGAUCCCGGAAUGCGGCGGGACGGGCUGAGAGUUGCGUUUGAGGCUUGGAACUUCUGCAAUGAAGUCGGCCAGGAAGCCCCGUCCAUGGGCAGCCCCAGAGCUGCUGAUUGCUUCCAUCUUUCAAAUACCUCUGUUAUAACGCACAAAGUGACAGAAGCCGACAACAAACUCGGAGUCGGGUCACCUUUCCCGGGUCUGAGCCCGGGUGCUUUAAACAACCCGGAUCUUUACGCGGCGGAGAAGGAAUUGUAUUUGGGUGCACUGUGUGAAGUUUCAGCAUGGCAGUUUUGGAUGGUAAUGCUGAAGAACGGAAACUACGACACCAUGUCGGGUCUCUGCCCGGAAAACGGGAAACCGGUAGCACCAUUCAACAACAAUGGCAGAUUUCCAUGUUUCGGGAGUGGGUGCAUGAAUCAGCCCGUGUUUUUUCAUCAGCCAACUUUUUUGGAUGCGGAUGGUACUACUAUGAAAGGUUGGUUUAACGGUACCUACGAUCUUCGGUCGUCGAAUUCGAUGUCGUAUUUUGAGGUGGUUUGGGAGAAGAAAAUCGGGAGUGGGAGUAGUUGGGUGUUUAGUCAUAAAUUGAGGACCUCGAAAAAAUAUCCGUGGCUAAUGUUGUACCUUAGAGCCGACGCAACUAGCGGAUAUUCGGGUGGCUACCAUUACGACACUCGCGGAAUGCUCAAAAUCCUUCCCGAAUCUCCAAAUUUCAAAGUAAAAAUGAGACUAGACAUCAAACAAGGAGGAGGCCCUAAAAGUCAAUUCUACCUAAUCGACAUCGGAAGCUGCUGGAAAAACAACGGCACCCCUUGCAACGGAGACGUACUAACCGACGUAACAAGAUACUCGGAAAUGAUAAUCAACCCGCAAACCGCAGCUUGGUGCAGCCCUACAAAUAUAGGCAACUGCCCCCCUUACCAUAUUACUCCCAACAACACCAAAAUUCUCCGAAACGACACCAAAAACUUCCCAUACGGAGCAUAUCACUAUUACUGCGCCCCGGGGAAUGCACAACACUUGGAGAAGCCGUAUAGUACGUGCGAUCCCUACAGUAACCCACAGGCACAAGAGUUGGUGCAGUUACUUCCUCAUCCGAUAUGGGAAGAAUACGGGUACCCUACGAAACAGGGGCAUGGUUGGGUCGGAGAUGGGAGGAAUUGGGAGCUUGAUGUUGGUCGCCUUUCUAGUAGACUAUACUUCUAUCAAGAUCCGGGUACCGCACCUGCGAGAAGAAUAUGGACGUCACUUGAUGUAGGAACGGAGAUUUUUGUUACCGAUCAAGAAGAAGUGGCUGAAUGGACUCUUAGCGACUUUGAUGUCAUUAUUACUUAAAUCUAUAUAUUGAUUCCGGAACAAGAUAAAACGAGCUCGAGAUCACUUUUUAUUUAAAAUCAUGAUUUCUUGCGUGCAAUCACAUUUUCAGUUACAGUAAUAUAACGAAGAUUUAUGUGGAGUACUAAAAGGAAAAUGAAAUAGAAAAUUAAUAGAGAUUGUGC